AUGAUCGCCCCAGUAAAUGCAGGCGACACGGACGCCUCUGAGCCUGGCGACCUGGGCGUCAUGCCCAUCGCCAUCAUUGGCAUGGCCUGUCGAUUCCCCGGCGACGCGUCUAACCCGGAAAAGCUCUGGAACCUCUGCGCCAAGGGAAAGAGCGCCUGGUCGCCGAUUCCGGAGAGUCGGUUCCACGCGGAGAGCUGGUAUCAUCCAGAUAAGGGACAUCUUGGGACAUCAUACGUGAAAGGCGCACAUUUCCUCACAGAGGAUAUCUCUCGAUUUGAUGCCGCGUUCUUCAACUGUACGGCCGAAUCGGCUAGCACAAUGGACCCCGAAGUGCGCAUGCAACUAGAGACCGUCUAUGAAGCACUGGAGAGCGCCGGGCUGCCGCUGGACCAAGUGGCAGGGUCGCGCACGGGGGUAUAUGCAGGCACCUGCUUCCGAGACAACCACGACAGCCUAAUGCGCGACCCAGACACGCUGGCGCGGUUCUUCCUGACGGGGAACGGGGCGGCGAUGAUCGCCAAUCGGAUCUCGCACUUCUUCGAUCUGCGCGGCCCCAGUCUGAUGGUCGACACGGGGUGUUCGACGACGCUGACCCUGCUGCACCUGGCGUGCCAGAGUGUGCGGGCUGGAGAGUCGGAGAUGGCAAUCGUGGGGGGGUCGAACGUCUUACUCAACCCGGACAUGUUCAUCGCCGGCUCGAAUCUGAGUUUGUUGUCAGAGGCCGGCCGGUGUUUUGCGUUUGAUUCCCGCGCCGCUGGGUAUGGGCGCGGCGACGGCAUAGCCAGCAUCGUCAUCAAGCCCCUGGCAGCAGCGCUGCGCGAUGGGGACCCUGUCCGCGCGGUUAUUCGCAACUCGGCGGCGAACCAGGACGGGAAGACGGCCACACUCACGUCGCCGAGCCAGGACGCGCAGGAGGAGCUGAUGCGCGAGUGCUACGACAUGGCGGGACUCGAUCCACGCGACACGAGCUACGUCGAGGCCCAUGGCACGGGAACGCAGGUAGGCGACACGAUCGAAGCCCACGCCAUCGGACACGUCUUCGGCGCGGGGCGGAGUAGCGAAAGCCCGCUGGUGAUCGGCUCGGUGAAGACAAAUAUCGGCCACACGGAGGCGGCCAGCGGACUGGCCGGUGUGAUCAAGGUGGUUAUGGCGAUGGAGAAGCGGGCGAUCCCCCCGCAUAUGAACUUCGAGUCUCCAAAUGAGAAGAUCUCGCUGGAGGGGUUGAAGCUGAAGAUCCCUCUGAGUUUGCAGGAAUGGCCAUCACCGUUGCUGCAGCGGGCGUCGAUCAACAAUUUCGGGUAUGGUGGUGCGAAUGCUCACGUCAUUGUGGAAAGCCCGCAGAGCAUGUUGCUGCCGUUAACUCCAUCUUCCUCAGAGAUGGGCAAUACCCCUAACCCGAAGAAGCGGUCCCGCGUAUUCCUGCUCAGUGCCAAGGAUCCCGCCGCCGCCCGCAGCAUGGGGGAGAACCUGUACGACUACGUCGCCACCACCCUGGAGAACAGCCGUGAGAACGAGGAACAGAUCCUCGAUCAGCUAGCCUUCACCCUCGGGCAGCGACGCACCCGCUUUGCAUGGACCACAGCUUGGAGUGGCUCAUCGCUCGCCGAUGUACAUGCCAGGCUUGGCUCCGCCCGGUCGACGGCAGAACGCAGCACACGUGCGCCACGCGUGGGCAUGGUCUUCACCGGUCAGGGCGCGCAGUGGUUCGCCAUGGGUCGCGAGCUAUUCAGUGCUUAUCCGGUUUUCUAUGACACAAUGCAUGAAAUCGAUGCCUGCCUCAAGAAUAUGGGCGCCACCUGGUCCGCGGUUGAGGAGCUGCAGCGGGACGCCAAAGAGAGCCGCAUCAAUCAGGUCACGUUCAGUCUUCCGCUAAGUGUGGCCAUCCAACUGGCGCUGGUGGACUUGUUGCGUUCGUGGGGAAUCCGUCCCGCAGGAGUCACGGGCCACUCCAGUGGCGAGGUUGGUGCGGCCUAUGCCGCCGGUGCCAUCACGCUGGCAGGCGCAAUGGCAAUCGUCUACACGCGUGGCGAUCUGACUAGCCAGUUCCAAAAGCUCCUGGAUCGCCGCGGCGGCAUGGUCGCCGUAGGUCUGGGGCGCGAGGAGGCCGAAAAGGCGCUGGCGGAGGUCCAGUCCGGCACGGCGGUCAUCGCCUGUGUCAACAGCCCGUCUAGUGUGACGAUCUCCGGUGACGAGUGCGCCGUGGAGGAAGUCGAGGCAAUGCUCACAGCCCGCGGGGUAUUUGCGCGCCGUCUCAGGGUCGAGGCAGCUUAUCAUUCGCACCACAUGUUGCCGCUGGCUGAGGCCUAUCGGGUGUUGCUGUCGCGCUUCCUCGAGCCAAAUACCGAGUUCGACUCCACCGUCGUCUACUCGUCCCCAACCACGGGUGACCGGAUGACGUCCGCCGCGGAUAUCGCUCAUCCCGAUCACUGGGUGCGCAACAUGGUGCAGCCAGUCGAGUUCCUGAACUCCCUGCGCAACCUGUGCAGUGGUGCUGCUCCGGCCCGCACCAGCACUAGCACGGCGGUCGACAUGCUCGUCGAAGUCGGGCCACACGGCGCUCUUGCCGGACCAAUCCGGCAGACGUUAGCGCUGCCGGAGCUGAAAGACGCGGGGAUCACCUACGCCUCGUGUCUCUCUCGUGGCCAGGACGCGGUCCAGACCAUCCAUCAGCUCAUCUGCACUCUCCUGCAAGCCGGAUACCCUGUUGACCUCGAGGCCGUGAACUUCCCCUACGGCCGCAGCGACGUGCAGGUCCUGACUAACCUGCCCCCGUACCCCUGGAACCACGAGACAUCGUACUGGGCCGAGCCCCGUCGCGCAAAGAACUGCGCGCCCGAACCGUCGCACCCCACGAUCUCCUCGGCGUACCGGCCGCGGGCUCGACCCCGACCACGCCAGCCUGGCGACACGUGGUGCGUCCACGCGACAUCCCAUGGCAUGGUCGUCGAGGCGCUGCGACAGCUGCAGACGCCCGACAAUCCCAGCCACGGCUAUCAAUUGCAGGACGUCCAAAUCCGCAACCCGUUGAUCCUGGAAGACACGGCGGAGGGAGUCGAUGUGCAGUUGUCGCUGCAUCCGUGUGGCGAUCGCGUCCGCCACGCUCAGGGGUGGUAUGAGUUUCUGAUCCAGUCCGUCAACCAAACCGGUGAUUUGUGGACCUUGCACUGCGAGGGCCUCUGCUGCACGCCGUCCCCCGCCCAGGGCACGGGCUGGGCAGGCCCGCCUGCGCCGGUGAAUGCGCCAUCCUUCACUGUGCCAGCCAGUGCGUGGCGCAUCCUCAACCCUGCGGAUACAUACAAGACGCUGCACGAGGUCGGCGUCUGCCACGGCCCGAUCUUCCAGAACUUGAUGUCCGCGCAAUCCGCGCCGGGACACUCGCAGUCCGUAUUCCAGGUCGCCGACUCGGCCGCCACCAUGCCCCAGGGAUACCAGCAGUCCCACGUCAUCCAUCCGAUUACGCUGGACGCGGUGUUCCAGGCCGUGUACCACAAUCUCCCCGCUGGGGGAACACAGCAGCGCACCGCCAUGAUCCCGACGUCGAUACAAAACCUGUACAUCUCGGCAAAGCUGAUCACCUCUCCUGGUCACCAGUUCCGCGCCGAUUCAACCCUGAUGAAGAUCAGCGGACAAGGGUUCGAGUCCUCAGUCCGUGUCAUCAACAACGCAGGCACCGCAGGCACGAGGCGAACGAGCCACCAACACCGUGCCGUCGUAUUGACACCCGACGACAAACUCUGUUAUACUUCUGUGUGGGCGCCGGACUUCGACUUCCUGCGGCCCGAGCACCUUCUUAGAAAGGCCGAGGGUGCCCAUCAGCACAGUUUCUCCGAGCUGCAAGCCGCCGCCGUAGUAUUCAUUAACGAUGCCCUGCAGGAGUUCGAGAACGAGCAGGUGGUGGCAGCGGAGCACCAGAGUUACUGGGAUUGGAUGAAGGGUGUGGUGGAUCAAGCCCGCCCGACGCUGGACCUCGCCGGGGUGACGGCGCAGUAUAUGGCUGCGUUGACGGAGGACCUGAAGCAGGGCGUCGACGGGAGACUGUUGUGUCGAUUUGGGGAGCGUCUCCCUGAAAUUCUGUCGGGACUGGUCCCGGCCAAGGAGAUCCUGCGGGACUUCCUGGUGGAGGACCAGGCUGAAUGGUCCUCCGUUUCGGAGUAUCUCGAGCCGUUUAUGUCUUCGCUAAUGAAGCUCCACGGUCAUAAGCGUCCUCGGGCUACGGUCCUCGAGAUCGGCACGGGCAAUGUGGCUAGUACACGGAUGUUUGCGAAGGCGUUGACGCGCAACGAUACGCAGCUCUUCGCGCGCUACGACGUGACUGCACCCAGCACAGGGCUGGUGGAGGUUGCGAGCAAGGCACUCCGGGACGACACACGGGCUGAAUGCAAGGUUCUGGAUUUGGACACGCCGGCUGGAGACCAGGGAUUUACUCGCGCAAGUUACGAUCUACUGAUUCUGUCGGCAUCGGCCUUGUUGGCUGCGGAGGAUGUGGUCCAAUCCCUUACCUCGCUGCGUGCUCUUCUUGCCCCGGGUGGUAAAUGUAUCCUGUGGGGCCCCACCCUGGGUGAUAGUGCUCUGCAGACUAUUGUUCGACUCCUCCCAAGAUGGAGUGGUGUUAUUAAUGCCACUCCCACGUGGCAGAGGCUUCUCGCGAAGGCGGGUUUCGAGCCGAGCAACUUCCAGCUCGAGGAAGGCCUGAACAGUAGCGGCUACCAAGGGGAGGUGGUUAUAGCGACCGCUAAAGCUGAUACGACAAUUUAUUCUGCAGUCAAGGUUGUCCUGGUUUCUGGUACGAGCCCUCCGGAAGAAUGGCAGCAAACACUGCAGCACUCGCUUCCUGCUGAUGUUGUAUCUGGGAUUUCUGUGGUCUCGUCGCUCGAGGACGUCGAUGUUGAGGACAAGGUGUGUUUGAUCCUUGAGGAGUUUGUUCAGCCUAUCCUCGAAAACCCUUCCGAGGAGCAAUUCUACGACCUGCAACGUGUGCUCGGCAGCAGUCGGGCUACCGUGUGGGUGUCACGCGGUGCUCAGGGCGAUGCUGAAGAUCCUCGGGGCAGUCUGCACCAGGGUCUUCUACGCACCUUGCGCUGCGAGAAUAUUCUCCGUCAGUAUGUCUCGGUGGACUUGGACCCGAAUGCGCCCGUCUGGUCAUCUUCGUCGGCGACCCAGAUCGCGUGGAUCCUCAGCAACAUGCUCAUUACAUCGUCCUUUCAUCUUCCCGAGACCGAGUAUGCGAUUCGCAAUUCGGUGGUUCAGAUCUCGCGAGUCUAUGGCGACGAGCAGGAAGCCCAGCUAGUGGGUACCACGAAGCCUCAGAACCCGGAGCUACGACCCUGGUCUACUCCUGGGCAGAAUAUCCGCCUUGGAGUGGCCACCCCGGGACUGCUAAACAGUCUUGUCUUCACAGAGGACCCGACGAUUGAAGAGACCCUUCCGGACGAUUGGGUGGAGAUCGAGCCACGGGCAUUUGGACUCAACUUCCGCGACAUAAUGGUGGCGCUGGGUCAGCUCGAUGAGACGCGGAUGGGUUUCGAAUGUAGUGGAGUGAUUACGCGCGUCGGACAGUCCGCCCAAGCAGCGGGCUUCUGCCCGGGACAGGGGGUGUAUGCGUUCAUCAUUGGCUACUUCGCGACCAAGGUGCGCAUCCCCUUCACCAGUGUGGCCUCGAUCCCCGCAGGCAUGGACUUCGCUACGGCCGCGUCCAUUCCGCUGGUCUUCAUCACGGCGUACCAUGCACUGGUUGACCUGGCGCGUCUCCAGCGCGACGAAACAGUGCUCAUUCACUCGGGCACGGGCGGUGUCGGUCAGGCGGCCAUCAUGCUGGCGCAGUCAAUCGGGGCGGACAUCUUCGUCACGGUCGGCUCGGAGGAUAAACGCGAGUUCCUGAUGCGACAGUAUGGGAUCCCUUCGUCGCGGAUCUUCAGUAGCCGUAAUCCGUCCUUCGCUCAACAUAUCAUGUCGGAGACGGACGGCAAGGGAGUGGACGUAGUCCUCAACUCCCUGGCGGGGCCACUCCUACGAGAGACGUGGCGAUGCGUUGGGAUGUUUGGUCGAUUCAUCGAGAUCGGCAAGCGAGACAUUGAGCAGAAUAGUAUGGUGGAGAUGGGGCCGUUUGUGCGGAGUACGCUCUUCGCGUCGCUGGAUCUGAUCACAUUAGGGGAGCAGCGAGGUAAGGAAGUCCAACGCAUCUUCGCGGCUAUUAAUGAAUUGCUGGCCGAUGGAGAGAUCCGACCAGUGGGACCCAUCACCCGAUUUGGGAUAGGAGAAGUUGAGAAGGCAUUCCGUACGAUGCAGACAGGGAAACAUAUGGGGAAGAUUGUUUUGGAGCCUAGACCGGGAGAUCAAGUCAGGGUUCUCACCGCCGGGCCCCGACCGGCAGAACUGUCGCCUGAUGAUACCUACCUCCUUGUAGGCGGCGUGGGUGGCAUCGGCAAGUCUCUCUGUCAAUUGCUCGUCGAUCGCGGUGCAAGGAAUCUCCUCGUCUUGUCACGCAAUGCAGCUCGUAUCACCCCAGAAACCCAACAGUGGCUGGACGUUUUGCAGGCCACCGGUGCAAGAGUUGUGUUGGAGAGCUGCGAUGUGACCCAACGUGCUCAGCUUCAAGCUGUGUUUGAGAAGUAUAGUUCUGAGUUGCCGCCCAUCCGCGGCGUCAUCCAAGCCGCCAUGGUGCUCAAGGAUGGGAUCUUUGAAUCCAUGACCCACGAGGACUAUCUUGCGGCCCUCAAACCCAAAGUCCAGGGAACUUUUAACCUGCACACCCUGCUCCCGACCGAUCUUCGCUUUUUUAUUCUUCUGUCAUCCAUUAGCGGAUUCGGUGGUAACGCCGGCCAAGCCAACUACGCUGCCGGGGGCAGCUACCAGGAUGCGCUGGCCCGCCAUCGUGCCGGCCGGGGUCUCCCCGCCGUCUCCAUCGAUCUAGGCAUGGUCUCAUCGGUGGGCGUGGUCGCUGGUACGCAACAUGUCGCCGAUCACCUCGAGAAGCUCGGCCUACGGGCCGUUUCCGAGCAAGAGGUGUGGGCGUUGGUCGAAUCCGCUAUCCGCCACCCCAUCCGCACCCCGGAAACCUGCCAUAUCGUAACGGGUCUCCCAGGUGGAUUUGUCCGGUCGGACUCCCCCGUCUGCUGGAACCGGGACGCCCGAUUCGCAAUUCUCGAACAGAAGGAUUUCUCUUCCUCGGGCCUGGCGUCUACGUCUAACCCCGGAGCCGGUCUGAAAGAGCGGCUGUCGGCUGUCACGACUCCCGCGGAAGUCACGACCCUCAUUCAGAGCGCCUUGAUCACGAAGCUGGCGGAGAUGUUCAGUCGCAGCCCGGAGGAGAUCGAUCCCUCCUUGCCUCUGGCGCAUUUUGGUGUCGAUUCCUUGGUCGCCGUUGAGUUGCGCAAUUGGUCGGUCGCAACGGUGCAGGCCGAUUGCUCCAUCUUCGAUGUCAUGCAUGCGGUCUCGGUCACGGGGCUUGCAGGCCAGAUGGCCAAAAAGAGUCGAUUUGUGAAGCUGUAG